CGCGCCCGCCUCCCCGGCCCGGCCCGGCCGGGCGCUGCCCACCCGAGGGAGCCCGCGCCCCGCGACCGCCCGACCCUCCACCCGCCCCACGAGCCGGGCACCUGUGCCAGCAGCCCUGCUGAAUAACUGAGGAGACCUACGGAGCAAUCACCAUGAGUAUCUCAGCUCUCGGAGGCAGCACCAAAGGGAAGCCUCUGCCACCUGGUGAGGAGGAGCGCAAUAAUGUCCUCAAGCAGAUGAAGGUGCGGACCACGCUGAAGGGGGACAAGAGCUGGAUCACCAAGCAGGACGAAUCGGAGGGCCGCACCAUAGAGCUGCCCUCAGGCCGGAGUCGCACCACUUCCUUCUCAUCCUCUGGGGAGGUUCCGAAGUCCAGGCCUCCGAGCACCAGGGCUCCCACUGGCUACAUCAUCCGGGGAGUGUUCACCAAGCCUAUAGACAGCUCUUCCCAGCCCCAGCAGCAGUUCCCCAAGGCCAAUGGGACUACGAAAAGUGCUGCCAGUCCGGUGAGAACAGCUAACACGGGUCCUCCCCACCCUUCCUCCUCUGGCUACAAGAUGACCACUGAGGAUUACAAGAAGCUGGCACCCUACAAUGUCAGGUGCAGCUCUACAUCAGGGGACACCGAGGAGGAGGAGGAGAUGCCUUUCUUGUCAGAUGAACAGAAACGGAGGUCACAGGCUGCGAGCAGUGUUGUGAGGAGGACAGCUCCCCAGGAGCACUCGUACGUGCUGUCAGCAGCCAAGAAGAGCAUGGGUACUCCUACACAGGAGACACAGGCUCCGUUUAUUGCAAAGAGGCCUGCAAGCUCCAGGGCAGCCAAGAAGACCACGAGCUCCAUUUCUUUUCUUGCCCAAAGGGUGGAGGUGGUGGAAGAGGACAGGCCUUCAGAGAAGAGCCGCGGCCCACCUGACAGCUCCAGAGGUGAGGAAAUUGUCCGCCUGCAGAUCCUGACACCCAGGGCAGGACUCCGCCUAGUGGCCCCAGACCUGGAAGGCAUGAGGUCUUCCCCAGGCCACAAAGACAAGGAGGCUCCCUGCUCCAGAGAACUCCAGAGGGAACUGGCUGACGAGGAGGCCUUCAGGGGCCCCAACACAGAUGGUGAAAGGUCAAGUGCACAGUUGAGUGAUGGCAAUGUGGGAUCCGGAGCCCCAGGCUCCUGGCCUGAAGGCGUGGCUGCAGUAGACAUCGGCUCCAAGACAGGAAGCUCCAGUGCCGCUUCAGUCUCUGCUGUCCCUGCUGAUAGGAAGAGCGACAGCACAGCAGCCCUGGAGAAUGCGAAGGCAGACCCAAAGGGUGUCUUGGCUGAUUAUGAGGAGAAGAAUAUAGCCACCAAGGCCAGAGAGACCUGGCAGGAGAGCCCUGGAGCCCCAGGAGGUGGCCAAGGAGACCCAGCUGUACCCACUCAGCAACCUACAGAUCCCAGCACCCCAGAGCGGCAGAGCAGCCCCAGUGGAUGUGAGCAACUCGUUGGACAAGAGAGCUGCGCCAGCAGUGUGUUGGCUGAUUAUGAGGUGAAGAAUAUGGCCACCGAGGUCGGAGAGGCCUGGCAGGACAUGCCUGGAGCCCCAGGAGGUGGUCAAGAAGACCCAGCUGUACGCACUCAGCAACCAGCAGAACCUAGCACCCCAGAACGGCAGAGCAGCCCCAGCGGAUCUGAGCAACUCGUCAGACAAGAGACCUGCACCAGCAGGGUGAGAAGUCCCCCAAGCUGCAUGGUCACCGUUACUGUCACUGCCACUUCUGAGCAGCCUCACAGUUAUAUUCCAGCCCCACCAAGUGAAUUGGACUCCAGCUCCGCCACCAAAGGGAUUCUCUUCGUGAAGGAGUAUGUGAAUGCUAGUGAAGUGUCUUCUGGGAAGCCAGCAUCUACACGCUAUAGCAGUGUCAGCAGCAUUGAGGACACAUUCGACGUAGAGAAGAAGCCCCCAUACGUCAGAACUCCAUACUCUGAGAGGACAACUGGAGGGAUCUGUACUUACUGCAACCAUGAGAUCCGAGACUGCCCAAAGAUUACCCUAGAACAUCUUGGCAUCUGCUGCCAUGAAUAUUGCUUUAAGUGUGGGAUUUGCAGUAAACCAAUGGGUGAUCUCCUGGAUCAAAUCUUCAUUCACCAUGACACCAUUCACUGUGGGAAAUGCUAUGAGAAGCUCUUCUAGCCCCACCCCAGGCUGAUCAGAAGCUGAUGACUCCCGGACAAGUUUGACUGUCCCCAGUUUUGCCCCAAGUUGCUGGCUCCCCUUCCCUGUUUGAUUUCUUCGUGCUUUUGCCCUUCUCAAGUUGAAGUCUUAUCUUAAUGAUGCUAGAUAAUUGCUUGUGUGUGGAGCUUCUCAUAGGUUAGAAAGCACUUUACAUCCAUGAUGUCAUUUUAGGUUCAACAAAAGAGGAUCAAACAAGAAUUCCAUCUUGCCUUCCCUAAGACAGAUUGGCUUUCUAAUGAGUUUAGGUGAGCAGAAGUAUAGGGUUCAGUAUGUCCUGACUCCCUUGAAGCUUCUGAGGGGCCAAGCUGAAGACUAUUGAUGAUCCCUUGUGGGUGAAUUGCAGACAUUGAAUGCUAGGGAUUGGCAUAGGCUAGUGUUUAGCUUGUCUGUUUGCCAUAUCUAUUUUUUUAAAAUUUCCAUACACUUUAAAAAGUAGUUAGCUGCUUUUGUUGGGUUAUAUAGCAGUGUUUCAUUUUGUCUUCCACCCACCUUUCACUAUAUUUGAGUUUUCCCCUGCUGGUAUGUUGGCAUGUAUUGGAAAGUUUACACGAUUAGGUUUAAUUCAGUAGGAUGUGAUUUUAGGAGGCUACUGACCAAAGUGAUAUCUGUGUCUGUUGAAAUCUUGAUAGCUGAUUAACUUGCCUUCAAUUCUGCUCCCUGAACUUCACACAGAAAUCCUCCCAGGUGGGUUUUAGGGUGUAUAGAUCCCAGCAGGAUUAAGGAGGGGAAAAGCAGCUAACAUUUCUCGAGGCUCUACCACAUACCAGGCACUAUCACAAAGUGAUGGCAUUAGUUCCCAUAAUAAUCCCGUGAAGGCGACAUUCCCAUCCCCAUCUUAGAGAUGAGGAUAUUGGAACUCGUAGAGGUGUUCAUUACAUUGUGCAGAACUCUACAGAGCCCGUGCUCUUACCAGAGCAGCACCCACCAAAGCAAGCAUUGAUUUUGUGCUGAGUGUGUGCCAAGCACUGUGCAGGGGGUACAUAGUUCCUGCCAGGUUUAUACCCUCCCUUCAGGCCUCCCUAAGAGCGGAAGGUGUGAAAUCACACUCUGCCUUUGGGCAUUCUGGAUCCCUGAAUGAUCUCCACCCCUCCUCCAUGAAGUACUUCAAGGGCCAAGCUGUCUCUUUCCCUCCCCUCUGCCCAUGAAAAUGCCUGCAAACUGAGAUGCUUUCAGCUGAGAACAGAUUUGGCUCACAGAUAUUACCAAAGAGGAGCUUGUGAAUCCAGGAAAAGCUCCAGGGGGCUAGCUGAUCUGAGCAGAGAGCAUUCAGUGACCCAUUUUCCAGUUAAGACUCUGCCUCAAGCUACUGACAACUGCUGGAGCCCCAGGUACUUGGGACAUGGAAACUCGUUGGAUGGCUGGGCAGAUACAAGCCUGUUCAUGUAGUCAGCUGACCCUCUGCUCAGGUUCAGCUGGACUCUGCCACAUUUGGGCCCAGCAUCACUUAGUAAGUUCCUUGAAAGGAAGAACAACCUUAGAAUAUUUCUGUUACAAAAUGAGGGCGUCUUCUCUUGAUUUAAUUAUAAAAGGUCUCCAUCUUUCUCCAGCUUCUGAGCCCUAUGCACAUUGGCUUGUGGACUUGUUCUUCCUGGCAAAUGAUCACAGAGGAACACUCCAUUUAUUUGCAUUGGAUUUUCCUCUGGAGAGCAUGUACCCACACUAAAUACCAACUGCUCUCCCUCAGCUGUAGUCCCCAGCAUCAAACUUGGCACAUGGUGUACACUAACACACAGCUACUCAAUGAAUGAGUGAAGGAAAGAAAUGUCACCCCCUUGGUGAGAGGUGCUAUCCCUGAGUCUUAUUGCAGGCCCAGGGGAUGGAAUGCAAGGUAAAGAGGCCCUAGAAAGGCUGGCUUCCUCACUUCAAGGUAUAAUCUGCCUUUAAGGGAGUUUUAGAACAAACAUGCAAGAUAAUGAAAGAACUGUUGCAAAAGCAUUAUUGAUUUUGAUCCAAAACAGCUUCUUUCAUGUCUAAAAAGGCACAGAAUUUUGCAGAUCUAAGGAAUAGGGAUGGUUGCAUUACAUUUUGCUUCUUUUUUAUUGCUUAGUGUUUCUAAUCAUACUUAAUCCACAAUAAUGUACACAAUUAUAAUAAAUGGUAAGAUA